AGCCAGGCGGCUACAAGGGCCCAACGAUGCCGCCCGAAGGUGUGGCGGGGGCCUCAGGGAGGCCUGUCCCCGCCUGUUUGGCUGGGGCCGGCCCGGGGCGAGGAGCCCGUGUCCCUCGAGGGAGGGGAGCGCAGGGUACUUUGAACUGACAACUCCUUGAGCAAGAUGGCUGCCAUCAAAAACCAGAGCCUUCAGCUGAGGGUCAUGUGAUCUCAUUUCUCUUCUUUAGGAUUUCUAUGAACACAGCAGCUGGCAGUUCAGCAGUCAGUGCUGCAAGCUGCCUAGGAGCCAGUGUAGCAGCCUUGCUGCGAGCUCUGAGGAUUUGAAGGUAGUCUGCAAUCUGUGGAGUGACAAGAAUACAGAUAGAGUCUAUCAUUCAGAUGCUUGAAUAUACAUUGUUCCAGUUCUUAAAGGGAAUUGUGCUUGAUCUGGAGGUAUGCUAACAGAAGCUUACAUAGGAUUAAUGUGGAGGGCUUUGUUAUUUAGGUUUGUAUUUUUUGGUUCUGUGAAGAAUGGUGUGGUAUUUUUUUUGGUUUUUUUGGAUUCCAGGACAAAUUAUUAUUUCCUAAAAGCAAGCUUGUGCUCCGUGGAAGCCAUUGAACACUAACUUAUUUUCCCCUGAAUGGAAUUUGAAGGGUUUUUUUGUUUUGUUUUUUUUUUUAAUCAUCAAGUGUCACACAGCAAGAACAUAUACAAGAUAAGCUAAUUCUUCACUGUAAGAAAAAGUGGACAGAGUAAGUAGGGAGACAGCUGUAGGAGACUUGGUCCUGAAAAAGAGAUGUUCUUCUUCUCAAGGUUGUGAAACAGCUAAGCAGAGACUGAGGGUAGGGCUGAAAAACAGGUUCCAUUGUUCUGCAAGUUUUCUAAUCCUGGUUUCAUUUACAGUAAGUUGUUUCUGCUCUGGUAACCUUCUGGGCUGUUGGGGGACUGAUGCAUAUGUUGUGGACUGUAUUUUUUCUCAUUCAUGCUUGUUGCAGUAAAACAUGCUGAGGAAACGCUGGCAUGGAGAAACAAGAAAUAUGGGACAGCUAAUAGUAAGGCAUAGCCAGUUCUUUUCAUUUCUUCUGUUUCUGAGUAUAAAGGUUUAUAAGGCAGACGCAGAAAGCCAAACCCACUUUUCAGGACACACGUUUGACGAUGUUGGGUACGAUGAGCCAAGAUUUAGUCACCAAAGCAGUGUUUUGGGGUUUUUUUGCCUGUAUGCUACAUUCACCAAAAGGUAUCGGUUCAAUAACGUGUGACUCUUAGAUAGGAAGGAAGAAGAAAGAAAGCUCACCAUGGGGUACAAUAGAAGUUGGAUUUCAAGAAAUGAAAGUGAGCAUGCCUUCUAUCAAGCUGUCACCAGAGCUUUAGAAAUUAGGAAUGUGUCAACUGCAGAAAUUGGACAGAACAACAGAAGCUCCAGUGGGAUUGGUGCCUUGGAAAACAGGGUGUACAGUGAGGAGCAAACCUAUAGACAUUUCACUACCACUGUGCAAAUUGUCAUCUUUAUAGGCUCACUGCUGGGAAACUUCAUGGUGCUGUGGUCAACCUGCAGAACAUCAGUUUUUAAAUCAGUAACAAACAGAUUAAUUAAAAACUUGGCCUGCUCUGGGAUCUGUGCCAGCCUAGUCUGCGUGCCUUUUGACAUUGUCCUCAGUGCCAGUCCACAGUGCUGCUGGUGGAUCUAUACCAUGAUGUUUUGUAAAAUUGUCAAGUUCUUGCACAAAGUCUUCUGCUCAGUGAUCAUCCUUAGUUUUCCUGCUAUUGCUUUGGACAGGUACUACUCAGUUCUAUACCCACUGGAAAGAAAAAUUUCUGAUGCAAAGUCUCGGGACCUGGUUAUAUACAUCUGGGCCCAUGCUGUGGUAGCCAGUAUUCCUGUAUUUGCUGUGACCAAUGUAUCUGACAUUUAUGCCAUGUCUACCUGUACUGAAUCCUGGAGUUACUCCCUUGGCCACCUGGUGUAUGUCAUCAUUUAUAACAUCACAACUGUGAUUGUACCAGUAGCAGUGGUGUUUCUUUUUAUGAUUCUUAUUCGCAGGGCACUGAGUGCCAGCCAGAAGAAGAAAGUCAUCAUAGCUGCCUUAAGGACCCCUCAGAAUACUAUUUCUAUUCCAUAUGCCUCCCAACGAGAAGCUGAACUACAUGCCAUGCUGCUCUCCAUGGUUAUGAUCUUUAUUUUCUGCAGUGUCCCCUAUAUGACUCUUGUGAUUUACAGAACCAUACUCAAUAUUUCUGAUAUUUCGGUUUUCUUGCACCUCACUGCCAUCUGGUUGCCCAAGGUCUCUCUGCUAGCCAAUCCAUUGCUCUUUUUGACUGUUAACAAAUCUGUACGGAAGUGCUUAGUGGGGACCGUAGUGCAGCUACACCGGAGGUACAGCAGGAGAAAUAUUGUCAGCUCUGGGGGUGUUGCAGAUACCAACCUGGAGCCCAGUGUCCGUUCUGGUAGCCAGCUCCUGGAGAUGUUUCACAUUGGGCAGCAGCAGAUCUUCAAACCCACAGAGGAUGAAGAGAAUGAAACUAAAUCUGUUGGCUCUGGUGACUUUCAGCAGAAGGAAAUUCCAACUACCAGUUUAGAGGUAGAACAGACUUUGGUUAAAAAAUGUAUACCACAAACCAUUGCAGACUCUGCUGCUCAGGUGGCCCCAGCAAUGCCCACAGAAGCAGAUAUGGCCAAUGACAAAUAUUCCAUGCAGUUUGGCUUUGGGCCCUUUGAGCUGCCUCCGCAGUGGCUCUCAGAAAAUCGGAACAGCAAGAAGCGAUUGCUGCCGCCUUUGGGAAACACACCAGAAGAACUCAUCCAGACAAAGCAACCCAAGGGUAAAGCAGAAAGAAAAAUUAGCAGGAACAAUAAAGUCAGUAUCUUUCCUAAGGUGGAUUCCUAGUAAGAGCAGGAUCUCUAUGUGACAAAAGAAGGUUACCUUCUGAUGUAUGUGUGAUCCCAUGGAUCUUUGUUUUGCUGAAAUUUGUUACAGGCUGAUUUUUUGUGCCAAAUACUUAAAAACAAAACAAAAGGGAAACAUAUGUAAGUGUUCCUUAUGAACCUGUUUUUAUUAAAAAAAAUAUAUCUAUAGACAGCCAUUCUUAAUUUUACUUGUGAAAUAUAGUACAUACAGUAGUAUAGGUCUGAUUCAAGACUUUCAUAUUGAGGUUUGGCAGUUGGUUUACUGGGCACUCAGUAAACAGAAACAAAACAAAUCUGUGGACUAGUAGAAAGGGCUUCAGGGAGUACAAAAUGGAGGCAAAAUAGUUUACUUGUCAGGCCUGUUAUACAUAGUUACCUGGAAAUGGACGGUACAUUUCUGCAUGUUUCAUUAAUGAAAUAUAAAAAUAUGCCCACUUUGCCUUUCAUAACAAAGUAAAAAAAAUCCCCAUUUGUUCUUUACACAUGUUGCUCUUUAUCAGUUGGCUCUGCCAUUCUCUUAGAUUAAACAUGCUAACUCUUGGCCUAGAGCAUCCUCAAAGCCUGAGGAUACCUCAUUCCUGGAUAGGAGGCUCAAAAAUUGUUAACGUUAGUAGGACAAAGCUUCUAUGAUAUUCAUUUGUCUUUUGAAAACUGAAGCAUCUCUGUAGUAUAAUUACAGGUAGAUUGCAGGUCACGUGAUGCUGAUUCAGCUCCAGCAUACAUGCACAUAUAUGUUGAGGUCAUAGAACUGAAGCUCUUUGAUACUAUGAUGAUGAGCAUAGUAUAAAUGCCAAAAGUGUAUAAAAGGCCAGCAUAUUGUAAAUAGCCAAACUGAUAAACCUCUGCCUUGAGAGUAAAUGUUAGUGCAUUCCUUUUUCUUUGGGCAGGGGUUGGAAGACAUGGUGAGAGAGGAACCUUUUCCUUCCUUUCAAUAUGUCGGCAUAAAUCCCAAACAUGCCAAUGUAAGUUAGGUCAUGCUGUGGAAUGAAGAUCACUGAAGGCAUUAAUUGCAAAUCAGAUUUCCAAACCAAGUACUUAAAUCCUAUGUGAAUCGGAGCAAAACUGUCCAUUAUGUUAGUGUGCUCAUACAUUGUACUGUAGUUUGCCUCUUUUCUAUUAUUGCAGAUGUAUUGUCUUGUGUAUCUUGAAUGUGAAUUUUACUGUUACAACCUGUAAAACCUGAAAACUACCGUAUCCCAGCACUUUAAUCCUCAUUCUGUUACAAGCAGUCCUUCCUCCUUCCUUCCUUCCUUCAUUCUCUGCAUUUGCUGUUGUCUCACACUGUAGUUUAUCAAAAGCACAAAUUGAUAAUUCCCUAAUACUCCUUAUGUGUUCUUGUGUUCCUUCUGUAGUUUAGAUCUUCAUUGCAUGCCAAGCCUUCACCUGUAGCUUACUGAGUGUUUAUCAGAGUGAUUUUUUUAAACCUAUGUUUAAAAGAAUUAAGUGAAGAACCUUGCCAAGUUUACAAUAACAUAGCAAAUAUGUUUAAAAGCAAGAAAAAAUUCUGCCUAGCCAGAGAUUGGUGAAUAUUAUCAGUUCUUCCUUUGGUGCAUCUGAAGCAGGACAGUAGCUUCAGAUGGAUCUAAGGGUGAUUCAUUUCUACAGAUCACUAAAAGCAAGCAUUUUAAUAAAAUGUAGUGUGGGUUCUAAACACCACUGUAAAUUACACGCGUUUGUUCUUUCCUUUUAAGUUGUGCUUCUAUAUGUGCUAUAUCAGGGGUCUUGGGAGUUGUGGCCCUCAGCAGGAUCCCAUACUGCUGAGAGACAUUACAGCUGUCCUGUUCUUUCCAUAUUGCAAAAUGGGAAAGUGGUCUGGCAUGAUUUUGGCCAGAAAAGGAGGUAGAUUUUGUUGGGGGAAAGAGGGAGAUCCACAUAUGGAGAACGUUGAGAAGCACCAGGCUAUUUUCUGUGCAUAUUGGUAAAAUAUAGUAACGGAAUGAGCUUGUUUUUCCAAGUUGUUAGAAAAGUAGAAACCAUCUAUAAAAGGAAGAUCUCAGCUGUAGUAUCUUCCUUGUAAGGGCUGGGCUAAAUUAAGCAUUUGUGGCCUACUUUCAAGGAAAAAUAAGCAAGAGACAGCAUUCUUCUGCUUCCUCUGAACUUUGGCUAGUUUGAUAAAAUUGGAACCUAAGUUUGAACCUCCCUACAGAAAACAAAACCGCCACUGAUUUUGUUCAUCUCUAAUUUCAAGUUCAAUAUAAUGUCAAUGAUAAAUAUUAUGAACCAAAUUCAGAUAUAUACUGGGCAUGGAUUUGGUGUUAAUGAAUCCUGAAUUAUUAUUAUUGGUAUUAGUAUUAUUAGCAUUAGUAUUGAGGAAGGCAGGUGGUAGUAGCUGGUUUUGAUUAUGGAGAUUAAAAAAAAUGCAUUAUUCUAUUCACACAGGAGGUAUUUAAAAGCUGGCUUGUACUUAUCAGCAGACUGGCUAAAGACAUUGCAUUCCUUCAGCAAACAAAUCAAUAAGAAUGCAUUUUCUGCAUGUGAAGAAUUGCCUUAUAAUAGGAUAGUUGGAAACCAUUUUAUUUUGGUUCAUUUUCAGCAGAGUUUAUUUGAAUUUUUCUGUGAAUUAGGGUAAGCCAUACAAAAGCACAUCUGUAUUCCUUGAAAGAACUGAUCCUUGGAUAUCUUGUAAUACAGGUGCUUAAUUCAACAGAAUAAUAGUAAGUAACAUUAUGAUAGAACAUUUGUAAAGGAACACAACAGAAUUAUGGAGACUGGUAAGGCAUUAUGGGGUAUUUCACUUUGGAACGCUGGUUAGAAGUCAGCCAGAUCACUAGUAACUCUAAAUUGUUGCCAUUUUGUUGGCUUUUAUGCAGUGAUUUCAACAUGUCAGGGUGCCCUCCAGAAACCCAUUAUGAAGAUUAAUUUGAUUACGAGGUCUCCCUUUUCCUAUUAGCCUAAACAUGGGGCAAAGUGAAAGACAAAAACUAUUGUCACUACCCAAAAACUGAAUAAAUGGUCAUAUUCAAUCAUUGGCGAGACAAAGUAGAGGUGGUGUAGUGGGUGGAAGAAGAGGCAAAGAGAGAGAGAGAAUUUGCACCAGGCAAAAAGACUGGGAUUUUAAUUUCACUAUUUAAGAAUAAUAUUAUGGAGAGACAAAAUCCAAAUUCUGGUCGUUUGGAAGAAAUAAAUAGCUAAUACUAUAUAGAAGAGGAAAUCCUUUAAAAGGAAAGCUACAUAUUGAAAGACAGGGUCAAUAUGUGGCUUUCAGGUUGACCCCUGAAGUUAUUCCAAUUUUUGUGUAGCAGUUCUUCAACAUUUUAUUAAUGUGCAAGUUGGCUGCUUUGGCAACAGCGUAUUUUACAGUAAAACUCAUUAUAAUAAACACCCAUUGGACUGAGAGAAAAGUUCAUUAAAAAGGGUGCUUGCUAUAAUAGUGGUGGUCAGUUUGGUACAACAUAAUAAAGAAAAAAAAGUUCCUGCUAUUAGGCUUGUUAUAAUUAGAGUUUGUUAGGAAGCUGUACUGUAUUAUGAAAUGAUAGGGUAGGGAACCAUUAGUCUUUUAUAUGAAUAUAUAGAUCUGAAUUUGCAAUAAUUUAACAUGGUUGAUUUGUAAUAUACUGUACAUGUAUAAAUAAUCUUUUAUGUACAUUUCCCAGAAAAGCAUAAUCUUUUUUCUGUGAUUGGUGAUUGUAAUUAAAAGCCUGCUUGCCAGCAUUUUACUUGUCAGUUGGUAAGGGACUGAACACACCCUAGGUUUGAAUGAUCAACCUUAUAAAUCUUGUGAUGUUUUAGACCACACCAACCCCUCAAACAACAGAUCAAAAACUUUGUUACAUUAAAGGUAGGUUUUGAGUUGAAAGUUGUUUGUAAAGACUGUUACAGUCUUAAAAAAAACAAAGUGAUGGAAAUGAAAGGUUAACAGAAAGUAUUAAAAUAAUCCCACAACCUA